AUGGGCAGUGAAUCAGGCAACCUUCUCAUUUAGACCUUGUCAUUUAUAAAAUUAGCAAGGUCCAUGAAACAGCUCGAGUAAAACCAAUCUGUUCAAAAUUAUGCAUAUCCGCCUUAUAUUGACGCUGGUAACCGUGCUGUGCGGUCCCGGGAUUUUGGCCCUGCGAUGCUACCAGUGUGCGUAUCCAACCAAUACCAACUGCCUCAAGGGAGUAACUGAGUUUGAGUUGGGGACAUGCUCGGUCACUGCGGAAUGGUGCUACAUGGAAGUUGCCAAAGAAUUUGGAAGGGUUGACGUGACCCGAGGUUGCAUGCAUGACACUCCCAAUAAAACGGAAGGCGUUGACUGUGUCUAUCAGCCGGGAAAUGUCAAAACGAUAUGCUAUUGCAGCGAUGAGGCGUGCAACGAUAGGGACCCCGGCGUUACUGAGGCGCACGCGGAGAUUGCCGCCAAAAUAAACCUAAUCGCUUUCAUUUCCGCGCUUUUACUUGUAUCCGCGAUCAAUUACAAUUUAUCCUUUUAACCGUUUCGAAUAAAUCAAAUUCAAAUUGGAAUUUUU